GUCUGGGCGGAAGUAGAGUCAGAGAGCCUCCAGGGUGGGUUAGUGCUGAAAGCAAGUAGGGCAGCUGGGCUGCUGUGCUACCGGAAAAAAAGGCCGGAGGGCUUACCUGACAACCUGACACCGGAAAAGGCUGGGCUCUCGCUCUUUCCCCACUGAUUCCCCCGCACGCAUCUCGAUAUGCAGGCGGCCUUGGAGGUCACUGCCCGCUACUGCGGCCGGGAACUGGACCAAUACGGCCAAUGUGUGGCUGCUAAGCCUGAGUCCUGGCAGCGGGACUGUCACCACCUCAAGAUGAACAUAGCUCGAUGUACCUCCAACCACCCAGUCAUCCGUCAGAUCCGCCAGGCCUGCGCGGAGCCCUUUGAGGCCUUCGAGCAGUGUCUACGGCAGAAUGAGGCAGCUGUGGGCAACUGUGCGGAGCACAUGCGCAGCUUCUUGCAGUGCGCUGAGCAGGUGCAGCCUCCAAGCCCAUCCGCGACUGUGCAGGCACAGCCACUUCCUGCCUCCUGAGGACUCUGGACCAUAUGAAAACUGGACAGGGGUGACUGGCCACUGAAUGCCCCCAGCCCUGAAGAGUAAUCAGUUACUGUCCUGAGGGCCUUGAACGUGGACCUAGUCUGUGGACAUUAGGACUCACAAUAAAUAAAGACUGUGUACACCAGG